CCCUAGAGACGAGAGUGCUGUACUACCUUGCCGUGUUGGAUGUAAACCUCUCAGGAUGAAUUGAGCCCCCUUUUGUGUUACAUUGAAGUGUGUCCUCCUGAGAGCAAAAUUGGGGGAACUGUGGGCUGUGAUACUGCCUUUGUGUUUGAGUGACGUGAGACCUCUUGAGAGCGAACCGUGUGGUCCUCUCAGGACGAAAACCAGUUUUGGUUGCUCUUUGUGUGAGAGAUUCAGAUUUAGUCUCCUGAGAGCGAAUAGGGGAAACUUGGAUACUAAGCUGUGACCCUCUCAGGACAAAUUCCCCUUUUUUGUUGUUCUAGUCUGUGGAGACCCAGAUUUAACCUCAUGGGAGAGAAUAGGGGAACUUUGACAUUGACGUGUGUCCCUCCCAGGACGAUGAUCCCCUUUGCAUUAGGAAAAGGAAAACAAAUGCUCACCUCAGAGGCAGCCGAUGCUUGUGAUGAUGUGCUCUCAGGGGCUGAAGGAAUAGAUAAAUUGUAUGAUCUUUUGGAGGCACACCGAUCUCGCCCCUCAAUCCAGGGACAAGAUUGGGCGAAAAACCACUGGUUUCAACCACAGAGUGUGGUGGAUAGGAUAAGGGUAUUGCAGAAGGAAGCUAAGGUUAAGAGAGGAAAAGGAAAAGCCAUAAUUUGUGCAGUGCUAGGAGCAAGUCUGGCAGCUGCGGUGGAGGAGAGAGAGCAGAAGUCUCAGCAAGUUGAUACUGUAAUAGACUCCCUGAAGACUGCUAUACAGACCCUGCAGGAACAAUUGAGAGAAACCAAAGAUUUGUUAGAGGAGGAAAGGAACCAAAAUGCAAUAUUGAAGGAUGAAUUGAGAGAGCAAUUAUUGACAGAGACAGAUACAUUGGUGGAGGCAAGAGUUAAACUUUUGGAGAAGGCUAUAAGGCAAAUUUAUCCCCAAAGAGAUUUGCAGAAAGCGAAAGAAACUGUAGAAAGGAUCCCUCAUAUGUAUCCGCUGGUUAAAACAGAGUAUGUUUACAAGGACGAGAGCGAUGACCGUCUUCAGGUUAUCACCAAAGAAGUCCCAUUUACAGCAACUGAAUUGGCAAAGUUGAAAAAAGAUUUUGCAAGGACUGCAAAAGAAUCAGAGACAGAGUAUGUGUGGAGAGAGUCUUUGUCAGGAGGGGAUGGAAUCAUCUUGUCAGAGAAAGAAGCAGAAGGAUAUUGGGGUCCGGGUGUGUUUCUAACUACCGGCGACCGCCGAGCCCCAUGGUCAUUGACUCAGAGAGAUGCAUACUGGGCUGGAGGGCUGAACCCCUUGGAGAGGGGAGAUCCCCUUGCCAUAAGAGGUACGGUGGAUCAGUUAGUUGAAAGUGUGCAGAAGGCAGCUUGUCUGCAGAUGAUGUAUGAUCGGGAACUCAAGCCCAGCCAGGGUUCCCCAAUGAUGAUGCCUGUGGACCCAGAGAGGAUGACCCCCCUGAUACGAGGACUCCCUGACUCUCUGAAACCCUUUGGCAUUCAAUUGCAAGGGAAGAUUCAAAACACCCCCAAUGCAGAAAGAAUGACAGCUGCUCUGGAGGGGACUGUGACCCCUGACCAUCAAAAGCCAGGGAGGAAAGUAUGGACAUGGGGAGAUGUAGCCCAGGAAUUGAUUAACUUUGGGAGAAAAUAUGGCCCUGUUGGUGGUUCGUCCCAAAGAACUGAAGCCAGGGUCGUACGGGCUGCAGAGCAAAUUAGUAGGCAACAAUCAUUCAUGAGAAAGAGCCAAGGCUCGGUGUCACCCCGAAUUCGGAACCCCGGGAGGGAGAGACCCCUGACUCGACACAGACUGUGGCAACUAGGGCUUCAGAAAGGCAUUCCUCGAGACUUGAUGGAUGGGCUUUCGAGUCAGAAAUUAGAACAACUUGUGCAGAAAUGGUCUGAGUGA